CCUCGAGCUCGAAGCCUCCCAACUUACCGUCGAUCCAAUGGGCUGCGGGAGCUCUGCAAAGGCACCGCCCAAGGAGGAAGAGCUCGACGGUGUGGUUCCCUUGCGGGAAAGCCAGGCGGAGGUGGAUCCGGCCAUGGAGGCCGUGCCUCUCCCCGGCAUGGUCGAGGAUGUUCAGGCGGCUGAGCCGAGCAAGCCAUCUUCUGAGGCGGAGAAGCAGGCUGACACUGGGAGCCAUGCUCCUGUUCACAGCGAGGCUUCUCCUGCACCUGCCGUGCCAAAGGUAGAGGCGGAGCUUCAUGCUUCCCAGCGACUUUCACCUCAGGCGGAGAAGCCAGGUGACAUGGGGAGCCAGCCUCCUGUUCACACCGAGGCUUCUCCUGCGUCUGCUGAGCCAAAGGCAGAGGCGGAGCUUCAUGCUUCCCAGCGACUUUCACCUCAGGCGGAGAAGCCAGGUGACAUGGGGAGCCAGCCUCCUGUUUACACCGAGGCUUCUCCUGCGUUUGCUGAGCCAAAGGCAGAGGCGGAGCUUCAUGCUUCCCAGCGACUUUCACCUCAGGCGGAGAAGCCAGGUGACAUGGGGAGCCAGCCUCCUGUUCACACCGAGGCUUCUCCUGCGUCUGCUGAGCCAAAGGCAGAGGCGGAGCUUCAUGCUUCCCAGCGACUUUCACCUCAGGCGGAGAAGCCAGGUGACAUGGGGAGCCAGCCUCCUGUUUACACCGAGGCUUCUCCUGCGUUUGCUGAGCCGAAGGCAGAGGCGGAGCUUCAUGCUUCCCAGCGACUUUCACCUCAGGCGGAGAAGCCAGGUGACAUGGGGAGGCAUCCUCCUGUUCACACCGAGGCUUCUCCUGCGUUUGCUGAGCCAAAGGUGGAGGAGCAAGCUGUCAUGUGCGGCGAUGCUCCGGGUCACACCGAGGCUGAGAAGGAUGUGGAGGCGUCCGGCGAGGCGUACUGUGAGGAUGAGCUGUUUGGAGCUUCGCCUGAGGCUCCCGCACCUCUUCCAUCAGACUCCGAGGUUGGCAUCGCAGGCUAUGGUGGCAGCGUUGCAGAGGAGAGCUCCGCGAAGGCCGCCGCGGCGGCGGCGGUGGCGCUGUGCCUGCAGCACGCGGAGGUGGCGGCCAGAGGACACGAGGAAGCUCAGCUGGUGGCCCUGCAGCACGUGGAGUCCAUGUCUGCGAGUAUCCUCUUGAUGCAGGCGCUGCAAGGAGACUCUUUUGCGUCAAGGGGCCCGGCGACCGAGAGCUUUGAGGCCAUUGAGGAGGCGCCCGAAGCCGAGUUUCCAGUCAACGUCACAGGCAUCGCAGGUGUCGAACUGGACGUGAGUGGGGUCACCGGCAGGGAUCCUUCAGGCGUGGAGGAGAGCCUGGAGUUUUGGAAAGAGGACAUCACCAUCGCGGAGGAAGAGGAGACGCAGUACGACGAGAGCAGCCGGAUCGGAGCAGAGAGUCGCUGCGAUGUCUGGGAAGGCUUCGAGUGGCAAAACCGGCCCGAGUCGACCGAGAAGACAGGAACACUGGACACUCGAGCGCUCACGCCGGCCAUCCCGGAGAUUCCCGAGGAGCCAUCAGCCCUUCUCAUCGCAGAGGCAGAGAGUCGGAAAACAGAGGAGCCAUCAGCCCUUCUCAUCGCAGAGGCAGAGAGUCGGAAAACAGAGGCGGAGGUGAUGCGGGCCUUAGAGGCAGUGGCGCGUUCUCAGCUUGCGUUCGUGGAGGCCGAGGCCUUGGCAUCUUUGGCGCUGCAGGGCAAGACCGAGCAGAGUCCGCGUGAGCCGCGUGAGGCUCAGGUGUUGGAAGACAACCGCCUGGCCGGGGCAGACGCUGUGCGGGCUGAGGCUGAGGCGCAGGAAGCGCUCAAUGCCACGGUUGAGGGCGCCAGGCGCUCGGAGUACGCGCAGCUUGAGGCGGAGGCCCAGCGAGCCUUGGACCUGAAGCGCCUCGCCGCAGCGCGGGCGGUGGCGGAAGCCAUCCAGGCUGAAGAGGCCCUCGAUGCCACCCGUGCAGCAGCCGAGAAGGCGCAACAUGCCGCGGCCGAGGCAGAGGCCACGAAAGCCCUGGAGGCCAGCACGGCCCAGCAGGAGACUCACCAGGCGGAGGCAGAGGCCUGCCAGGCCCUGCAGAUCACCCGCCAGGCCAACUUCAGCCAGGCCCAGCGCAUCGAGGAGGAGGCGGCCCGCUUGCUGGCCUUCAGGAAGGCGGAAGAAGCCGCAAGAGAGGCAGAGGAAGCACGCUGGGCCUCGCGCAGGGUGGAGGAGGCGGAAGCUGCGCGCGCUGCGGAGGAAGCGGAAGCGAGAGAGGCUCGGAUGCAGAAACCUGUGCAGACGGGUGAGACGUACACGGCCAAGGCCCAGAUUUGCGCGCAGAUGCCACAGGAACCUGUGACCCGCAGCAUGCCAGCCGAGGACCUUGAAGCGCGUGGAGAAGUUCUGUGUGUGGAGGAGACCGGUGGAUCGGACAACAUGGCAGCGCCGCCUGCGCCAUCCCAGGCACCGCCGGCGGUGCCGCCGGAAGAGGAGACCGCCAGAUGCCAGGCGGAGGCGCCGCCGGCGCCGCCCUCUUCAGCGCCGGCGGACGAGGAAAUCGCCCGAUGGCGGCAGGCGGAGGCGGAGGCCGCCGCGCUGCUGGCGGAGGCGAGAGAAGCGCAGGCGCUGGCAAGGGCUGAGGAGGAGCGCGCCCAAAAGGCCAAGUUGGAGGCCGCGCGCGCGCAGGCGCGGGCGAGCACGGCGCAGCGACAGCUGGAAACGCAGCGCCGCAACGAAGCGGCGCAGGCGGAUCGCGCGCGACAAGAGCAGUGGGAACGCGAGCGCUGCGAGGCCUACCUUCAGCAGGUCCGGUGGCGCGUGGAGGCUAAGGCCCUACAGGUGGAGGAAGAAGUCUUUGCACAGGCCAGAGUGGAGCUGGAGCAGCCGGACCCGCUGCAGGCCGUGGACGCCUUUCCUCCGGCCGUCAACUUCACGCGGAACAAUUUGGACUCGGCCCUGGGCCGCGUCCGCGGCAAGCUGGAGGUGAAUCAGCUGGCUCGCUUCGGAAGGCCGCAAACGCCGCCGCAAGAAAGCCCGCCAGAGGCGCCCAAAGGCCCGGAGACCUUCGAUGAGAUGCUGGUGCGGAUGCGGAGGAACUGGGACGCGCGCCUGCGCGCGCUGGAAGGUGAAGGACAAAGCAGCACGGCUCCGGCGCGGUGAGAACAGCUCCUGACGCGGAGAGGCAGGGGCUUUGAAGAAGCUUUCCUGUGAGAGAUCUUUUCGGGCCAGGGAGCUGCAGGUCAGAUUUGUUUUCUUGGUC